AUAGCGAUAUCGAACUUCGCCUAUCUUUACUAGCGCUCACCGAAUUUCGGACCAAAACCCCCCGUCGACUCCGAAUCGUCGACGACGCUCGAGAAUUCUCUCUCUCUCUUCUCUCUCUCUUCUUUCUCUCUCUAGCUUUUCCGAAGCUAAUUUUCGGCCAUGGCGCUGCAGCUGUGGGAGACCCUCAAGGAAUCCAUCGUCGCCUACACCGGCCUCUCGCCGGCGACCUUCUUCACCGUCCUCGCCCUCGGCCUCGCCGUCUACUACGUCGCCUCCAGCCUCUUCGGCUCGCCGGCCGACCACCACCAGCGGCCGCGGGACUACCAGGAGCAGAUGCAGCCCCUGCCCCCUCCCGUCCAGCUCGGCGAGAUCUCCGAGGAGGAGCUCAAGCAGUACGACGGCGCCGACCCCAAGAAGCCCCUCCUGAUGGCCAUCAAGGGUCAGAUCUACGACGUGUCCCAGAGCAGGAUGUUUUAUGGGCCAGGAGGUCCCUAUGCUCUAUUUGCUGGAAAGGAUGCAAGCAGAGCUCUUGCAAAGAUGUCAUUUGAAGAGAAAGAUCUGACUGGGGAUAUAUCUGGUCUUGGCCCAUUUGAAAUUGAUGCUUUGCAGGACUGGGAGUACAAGUUCAUGAGCAAGUAUGUUAAGGUCGGAACCAUCAAGAAGACUGUCCCAGUGACAGAAGGAGAGUCCACUGCUGAACCUGCAGAAGUCGCUGAUAAAGAUGUGCCUAAGACGAGUGAAGAUGGCCCAUCGGAGAGCACUGAGGCUAAAACUGAAGAAAUCCCCUCAUCAGUCAAAACUGAGGAUGCUGAGUGAGCGAGGUUUGGGGAGUACUGUUGUCCGUGUGCUUCUCCGUUAUCAUACCCAUAUUCCAAAAAUAACUUACUGUUUCGAGGCCUAGGACACUGUAUGUCGACUCUCAUGGAUAUUUAGUUAUUCAAAUAAUGUAUUUGGCACCCCAUGAACUUACAUAUGUCAGAUUUUGGAGCCGCGACUUGUAUUUUGCCUUGUCGUAGUGUGAUAAUGUAACUGUAAAUGAGGAUCUGGAAAAUAUAUUUUCUUCUUAAGAAUGUUACGGGUGCA